AUGGCAACUCAAAACAAUCGUAAGCCGCCACCAGACUUCCUGAAAGACUUGGAUUGGAAGGAGUUCGAAGCAGCUGCCGUACCGUUGGCACAGCUCUACAACCCACCGCAGCUGGUCAGCAGCUGUACCGGAUUUGGUGCGCGCCUCUCCAUGUGCUGGAACAGCCUCUUUACCCAUCGAGCACCAAUCUGCGCGAAGCCGGUGAUUCCGUGCUGCUGCGCAAAGGCCGCGCAGUCCCAGAUUGCGGAUUUGGCCGCAGUGAAGCUCUCCGAUCCGGACGAGUGGUUUGUCAAGAUGCUCAGCGUUGAGCACCCCAACACCCCGGAGUUCUUGAAGGGGCUCUUUUGGAUGGAGGACAACUAUGCCCCCGAAGUGCUCUUGACAUUUCAAGAUAUGGAUUGGGUCUCGGGAAAGCAAGGAUACUUCAUGCCGAAGUAUAGCUGGACGAAUGAUCCGUCUUGCAUCGGAACAGCCUGCUUGUGCAUCAAUUUCAGCGGUUCUCCAGCUUCCGCAUGGCCGUUUAAUAUCUCACCAAACGACAGGUGGAUCAACAUCGACCCGCAAUGGAUCUACAGGCCUACAGAGGGCGAGAAGAUCACUCGACCAGAUGGCUCUAUUGUGGAGAUGGCAAAAGAGGAUAUGAUUCGAAUAAGUUUUAACAAUCCGAGUGAUCCGAACUCAGGAGUGAACUAUCAGUACCUCGUACGCCGCGUGGCCUAUAUGCAGAAUGGGAGACUCAUGAAGACGAAGGCCUAUGAUGAGCUCCGCCGGAGAGCAACAAUGCCAGACACAAUUGGGGGCUGCUGUGGCGGCUACUACAACUGUUCGCCUGUAGGAGAGAACUACAUCUUCGACGCCUACGAACCAUUGUCAGAUGAGCAGGUACUCCUUUUCCCCCCGCCGCUGGAAGUCAUGUGGCCCGACACUGUGAUCCCGGAUGCUGCACCUGCCAGACGCUGA